AUGCGUGGACAAGAGGUUCGACAUGCCGGAGUAGCCUCCGAUGAUCUCUCAACGCGGCCAUCAAAUUUUGAUCACAAGAGACCAGACCAAUUCUCUGCCGACGAGCAUCUGGGCAUGGCGAGCAUCGACCGCAGGUCACCCCCGACGACAGAAGCGACAAGUUUUCAACUUCAGGGACGACCCUGGCAACUGGGUCGUCUUCAGGAGUACCAGGUCAUCGGGCGCCUCCUCCCCAACGAGGCUAACCCCACCCCCAAGCUCUACCGCAUGCGCAUCUUCGCCGUGAACGAUGUCGUUGCCAAGUCGCGCUUCUGGUACUUCCUGGCCAAGCUCAAGAAGGUCAAGAAGGCCAACGGCGAGAUCGUCUCCCUGAACAAGAUCCACGAGAAGCACCCCCUCAAGGUCAAGAACUUCGGCAUCUGGAUCCGCUACGACUCGCGCUCCGGUACUCACAACAUGUACAAGGAGUACCGUGAGAUGUCGAGGGCCGACGCCGUCGAGUCCCUGUACCAGGACAUGGCUGCCCGCCACCGUGCCCGCUUCGGCUCCAUCCACAUCCUCCGCGUUGUCGAGCUCGAGAAGUCCGACGAUGUCAAGCGCCCCUACAUCAAGCAGCUCAUCACCAAGGACCUCAAGUUCCCUCUGCCCCACCGUGUGCCCAGACUCUCCACCAAGAAGAUCUUCAGCGCUACCCGACCUUCCACUUUCGCAUAA